UCCACCAUCCUCCCCGUUUCCCUCUCAUGUAUAUCAUCAGUAUAUAUCUCCAUUAUUAUUAUACUACUAUAUGCGGACGCAAUUAUAUCUCUGCCCCCAUCAUAAGCGGAGUAACCCGAAACCCUAACCCUAACCCUAGAAGAGGAGAUAGAUAGAUGGCGGAGAGAGGGGGAAUGGGGACCGGAGGGGAGGAGGAGAGGGGGGUGGAGGAGGGAAUGGCGGUGGUGGACUUCGACAUGCUCUGCGCCACGGUGGCGCUACAGGCGCAGGGCUUCUCGGCGGAGCGGAGGGCGAAGGGUAACGCGGCGGAGGAGGAGGAGGAAGAGGAUGGGGGAGACUACGGCGGCGUGCAGCGGAUGUGGGAAGGGGACGUCCUCGAUUGCUUCGAGGAUCGCCGGAUCGCGAUCGAGGCCGCGUGUUGCCCAUGUUAUAGAUUUGGGAAGAACAUGCGAAGAGCCAACCUGGGAUCUUGUUUUCUCCAGGGAACUGUAUAUUUUAUGAUUAGAGCACUUACUCUAUUCAGCCUAAUUGCUUUCGGUAUCACGAAGUGGCAUGUAUUUGUAUAUACAGGAGUUGGUUCGGCCUUCUUAAUCGGAGUUUAUUUGGGUUAUUUUCGAACUAGGAUAAGGAGGCAGUUCAAUAUCAGGGGUAGUGACAGUUCUGUAGAUGACUGUGUUAACCAUCUCAUCUGCCCCUGCUGCACCUUAUGUCAGGAGUCGAGAACGUUGGAGAUGAACAAUGUCCAGUGUGGCGUAUGGCACGGGAGGGGCGACACCAUAUGCUUAGGAAGCGGAAUUGGUGGCGAGGGAAUCAAACCAUCGCUUCUUCCAAUUCGAUCCCCGGAGUUGUGUAGCAUGGAGAGAGCAUCAAAUACAAACGAGCAUUCGUGGAACUCCGACACUAACCAAUCAAACCCGCUGGUGGCGACAACUCAAUCUGUAGAAGAUCUAUGAGGGUCGGCAAUCUGCUGUAGGAAGAUUCUAACACGUUAUGGUCAGAUAGUGGGGGAACAAAUUUGCCCCUGCCCCCCAUGUUGUAAGUCGUAACCUUACAUUUAUAGCUGUAGGCGUAUGCCAUGGUUAACUCUGAUUUAGAUCUCUAUAUGUACAAAGUUUUACAGCAUAAGAUCAUAUCUACUAUGUAUUAGUGGUUACGGUGAUAUUGUAUAUUCAAUUGAAUUGAUGGAUAUGCUAACCACUCCGGCGAAUCUUUUUUCAAUGUUUUCUUUUAUUAACGUUACUCAUUUGUAGCUGAUGAUUUAACUGCUUUCAUUUGUGAA